AUGUUUUUUUCCCAGGCCACCACGGCGCCUCCCAAGCAGAAGCCGGACCCGGUGACGUCGGAGACCGUGGUGAUCUGGGGGCUGCGCCUGUGGCAGGUGGUCGGAAUCUUCGCCCUCUUCGUCCUCUCCAUCAUCAUCACCCUGUGCUGCAUCUUCAAGUGCCGGAUCCCGCGCACGCGGAAGGAGAUCGAGGCGCGCUACGCCCAGCGCCAGGCGGCCAAAACCUACGCCGACAAACUGGAGGGCGUGCCGCCCCUGGGAGAGCUCACCGAGAUCCCCGGAGCUCAGGCUGCGGAAGAAAAAAAAGAGGAAGAAGUUCCCACCGUGUCCGGAAAAGUGGACAAGGCUCAGGGAAAGAAGGAUGGAUCCAAAGAUUCCAAGAAAAAGGACGGGGACAAGGAGCAGAAGGAAGAAUCCAAAAAGGAAGGGAAGGACGGAGCCAAAAAAAAAGAUGGAGAAAAGGGGGAAAAGGGGGAAAAAGGAGGAAAAGAGGAAAAAGGAGGGAAAGGAGAAAAGGGGGAAAAGGAAAAGGGGGAAAAGGGAAAGGACACAAACGACAAGAAACAGGGGAAAAAGGGGGAAAAGGAAGGGGAAGCUGGCGCCAAAAGCGAUGGAAAAGCCGGCGGGAAUUCCAAAGCAAAGAAGAAGUGA